UCAGUCAAAUUCACACAUAACCUCCCCCCUCCUCCUCCCCCCCCAAACCAAACCCUUUCUUUUUUUUUUCCUGUCAGAAAACAGCCGCAUUCGCCAACCGCCGCACGGAAGGAAAAAAAAAACGUGAUUUUGUCCCCCCCUUCCCCUCUAGUUGGCGGCAGGAAAAGGCCGCGGAGUCGGGUUUGCGUGCGCUGGGGCCUGCGGCCUAGCUGGGUGUUUAUUGUACAAAUUAACCCCUGGGGGGGGGGGGGGGGGAAGAAAUAAAUAAACCCCUAAGUGGAGGAGGAGGAGGAGGGGGCAAAGGAUCAGAUUCAUCUGGCGUUGUUCUCGGGAAAACGCUGUCCUUGCCGCCGAAGAGAGAUGUCGAGGCCUGUCAGGAAUAGGAAGGUCAUUGACUACUCACAGUUUGAAGAUUCUGAUGAUGAAGCCUAUGGAAGAGAUUCACCCCCUCCGGCUAAGAAAGCACGAGCAUCUCCCAGGGAAGGAAAAAACAAACGAAAGUCUGCGAAAAAUGCGCGAGACGAAAGUGAGGAAUCAGACGACAAGCUUUAUGAGAAGGACCUGAAGGCUGCCAUUGCAUUGUCCAAGAAGGAGACAUCCCAUUCACCUGAUGAGGACAUGGGGAGUGAAGAAGAUCGGGAUCACGGCGACAGUGAUUAUGAAGCUUCAAAGAAAAAGGGCAAAAAAGGAAAAAGGGUUAAAGCAGAUAAGAAAGAGAAAAGGACACUCAAAAAACCCAGGAAAUCAGCUGAAGCAGGCGACGAUGAGAGUGAAGAUGAAAAAGGCCAGAAAGAUGGUCGUCAGAAAAGGCAAGCUGCGUCCAAAGCUGCAAGCAAACAGAGAGAAAUCCUGUUGGAUGAUGGUGGAAGCGAAGAGGAACAUGAAGAUGAUGAAGAGGCUGUUCAGGAAAAAGGGGAUUCUGGAAGCGAUGCCGACUUCUAUGUGGAGGAGGAUGAUGACAGCGACUAUGAGAGUUCUUUGAAGAAAAGCAAAAAAGGAAGGAAAACUAAAACGGUACCUGAGAAAAAGGAAAAGAAGACACCUAAGCCGAGACUCAGCGCUACAGUCACCCCUGCAACCCCCAGUCCGGUAAAAGGCAAAGGAAAAGGACGGGUUGCUGCCACAAAGGCAUCACCACCUUCUAAGGGGCAACCACCUGAAAGUCCUGCUAAAGAAUCAAAGAAGGAGAAGAGCCCUCCACCAGAAACAAACGAGGAAGAAGAGCCAGAAGAUGAUGAGGAGGAGGAAGAGGAAGAAGAUGAGGAGGAGGAAGAGGAGGAAGUUAAUUCUGGGGAUGACUGAACAAUACAAGGGGAUAUUUUUUAUAUAAGUAGACUUAGAAUACAACUUCACUGACAGCUUGGUUCACAAGGUUUAGACACGGGACUUGUGUGUGUGUGUGUGCGCUGUUUUUAAAAGGCUGUGUCCCUUUUUGUAUCCUGCAGUUUGUAACAAAAUCAAAUUUUAAAUUUGGCUUGCUAUUUUAUAGGAGUUGCUUUGAUCUUUUCAAAAUUAGAAUCUGCAGUCGGUAGAAACUGCCCGUGUUUUUGGCAAAUUACUUUGACUGUUCAAUGACAAUUUCAAAUGAAAAGUCGUACCAAGCUACAAAAAUAUUUUAACAACAGCGGGAACACCCUGCUUAUGUUCAGGCAAACCUCUCUGCUUGUUUGAUCUCUGCCUUCCAAGAAGUUAACACAACUUCCCAAUUAUAGCAUCUAAUUGGGUACAAAAAAAAGGAUGAAAUGGAUGAAACUUGUUUAUUUUAUAAAACAUGACACUCAAUUCAUGUUGUCAGCAAAAUGGUAUAAAUUUCCUCGUUCUCUUGUUGCGUUGCCCAUUGAAUAAAUCAUUCCUGUGGAUUCCGUUGUUUGAAAGGUCUGAUAACAAACAACAAGAUCAAAGGCUCCUGUAAAUAUAUAACAUUAGCUUAACUAUCUCAACCUUGUAAAAUUUAAAUGCUGUAAAUACAAAUAGCGAAAUGAACAACAAAUUAUAAAUGUAGCUUCACUAAAAGCAGGUGUAGUUUUUGCACAUGGCUUCAAUGAAAUGUGAUAACAGACCAAAUGAAAGUGUCUGUGGCAUCUUAAGGACCGGCAUCUGUCAUGAGCAGCGAUGCUGACUGAUUGCCCUCCGUACCUCAGUAUAUUACCCAAGGAAUUUUCUAAAAUUCAUCUCAAAUAUUUUAGUCAUUUGUAGCCAGUUAUCUCGUGAUUUGAAUACUCUUCUUGAACCGAACCAUCCAUUUAAAUUGAAAAUGUGAACCGCAUGGCAUUUUUCCAGCAUAACUAAAGAUCAAAUGAUAACAUGUAACCCCCAGUCAGCUGCUACAGUCUCAUUUGAGAUGUGUAAAUUUGCAAGGAAAAUUAAUGUACAAUUUUAAUAAAAAAUAAAAAUACGGUUAGUUUCAGCCAAUACUUGUUUUUAAACUACUGGGAUCUAAAAGGGCUCGGUGUUCUGCAGUUCAAAUCUAGCCGGUUCACAAAAAGGAAAUCCUCCAGUGCAGCUGAUGAUUGGAUUUAAAAUAUUAUGGUCAAGUUGCUCAAGUAAAUGAGUGAUGGUGUGGGUUGCGAUAAUCCUGUAACACUACUACACGGUUCUCAUUGCUACUUUUACCGUAAACACUUAGGUGUUUAAUAUUGAAAGGGGGGGAGAAACGGCUAUGCACCACCAACAAUCACUUAGUCAUCAGGUCUGAUCUUGUGAACUGAAUUGUUUUUGUUUUUUUGCAGAUUGAAACAUUUAAAAAUGAAUGUGAUCGAAUCCUGAAAAAACUGCGCAUUUGUUUGUCUUUAUCAGCAUUUUGUCAAAGCAGCCAUAUCUUUGUAAGUUACAGAAAGAAAAACUUGUACAGCCAAUUCUUAAUGUUGACAUUCAAUUCAAGUGGGCUUUCAAUUUCUUUUGUUUUUAUUUUCGCUACAGAACAUUAAAUGUCUGCUGAUGUAAAA